GAGCUGUUUCGCGGCGGUGACAACGGCACUAGCCCUUUCGCUUCUUGUCUUCGGCGUUAUCGCGUCAAACGUUGUCGAAGCAAGGCCUACAAUUCAAGAGAUUCUUCUCGCCCCAUAGACAGCGUCUCGUGCGUCAGGAAUCGUCGUAGCUCGAGUGAUGGAGGAGUCGACGUCGCCAGAGCCGGAGUCGAGGCCUACCAGAAGCAGAGCGAGGAGGCUGACUGAGGAGCAGUUGCAGGCGAUGCUGAACAGCGAUUCAGAGUAUUCGGACGACGACCCUGAUUUCGAAGAGGAGACAGUGGUGCCUAAACGGCGCAGCUCGGUUCGACGCCCACAGAGCUCCCAAGACUCGUCAGAGUCCUCUGAAGAAGUUGACGAACCUGACGGGUCUCCACCGCGAAAGAAGGCAGUCAAAGCCAAAGGGGAGCCGGUCAAGAAAAAGAAUAGGACAGCGGGUGAGGAGGGGAAGGGCGGCCCCAAGCGUUCUUCAUCGUGGGCACCUGUCAGUGACGUGCCGCCGCCGAUUGAAAAUCCGCACCUGUACUCGUCAUGGAACAAUGAAUCUAAAGUUGUGGAGCCCUCCAAAAAGAGCGACGAUAAAACGUACUACUGUUGCGUUCGCGACUGCGAGUCCGGCGACACGUCCGACAAGGAGGGCCUCUGGCUGUUCUCUAUGCCAGAGAACGAGGAGCUGAUGUCGUUGUGGGACGAGCGGCUACCAAUUGACUACGACCGCAACCGGCCACAGAGUCCGCGGGUCUGCUUCCGCCAUUUUGAGAAGGCCGACUUCGUGCGACGGCAGCAGCGGCUCCUUGGUCUACGCGAGGACGCCAUCCCCUUAAAGGUGGAACCUCGCAUCGAAGGGCCGCGCAUUAAGCAGGAACCAUCCUGAGCACGCUGCCUCGGCGAGCAGCAAGGAUGCAUUUCAGUCUCUUUCUGGAAAAGUUGACAGCGAGGUCGUUUUGUUUGUGUGAAUGGGAGUGUGCAUAAAACAAGUGUGGGAAAGGAAUCGUUUCUAUUCAAAGGUUUCUUCGCACACACAGCACAAUUUUUCUCUCUUUUUUUUUAUGUGUAUGUGCGUUCAACAACUUGCCUCAAUACAUUGCUUUGGGUUGUCUCUCGGUGGCUCGAAAUGCUGGAGGGCUUCCCCUCGAAAUAUCCCCUACUAUUCACGGUCUGUGCUUAGCAUUACCGAACCCAAAGGCUGCAAUUAAAAGUCACACAAGAGCACAGUAAGACAGCAGAUGCGCUCUGCCCGUCUCUCUUUUUAUUUGUUUGCAAAGUUUGGGGGGGUGGGGGGAUUUACACAGGUGGAAAGAAAAAACAAUCAGAGGGCAAGUAAGACUAGCUGCACCAAUGUUAAGAGUUGUUUUUUUUCUCUGCAAAGCCAGUUGUUAUAAAAUGUGAUGUCUGAACUUUCUGUAAGGUCGUUUGUGGGGCUAUCACGCCACUCUUCAGGAGCAGCUGAGGCUUGUCGUUAGACGGCUAGACAUCCCAAAAUCCUCCUCAUCAGUGGUUAUAUGCGUACUGACCAUAACACAUGCUUGCACACCUUGCCAUACAAACCUCGCCAAAUAGUAGAUCUGCAAUUGGUCAUUGCCUUGAAGAAAGUUACUCUGUAGCCACCGCUACUUGUCCGUCUUUUGGGACACACGAAAUGAAAGCUUUUUGUGAGCAGUCACCCCUUCCUUGCUUCAGGGGGUGAGGCAUCCACAGACUUCAUGCGACUAGUGUGCAGAUAGGUUUGUUCCAGUGGUGCACAGUCCUAGUUUGUAAUCUCUUGUGGCACCAUGUCACACACCUAGUCAUGUAUUUUUGCAAAAUAUGCCCGAGCUCAAGGUUUUUCUUCUUUCCUCAUUUGUUGAAUUUCAAGGAAAGAACUUGCCGACGCGCCCUUUCUCUGACAAUUAUAGACCUUAAUAUUACGUUUGCUACGAAUUCGCGAGCCGAGUAUGCCUAGAAAAUCAUUAGUUAUUCUUUUCAUUACAAGAUGUCAUCUCUCUCUCUCUUUCUUUUUUUUUUCUUCAGAGGGUUUUUCACGCUGCAUCUGAUCAAACUUCUGCUGUCAAUCAGUAAACUAAACUACUGUUGAAUCGGGCUGUCAAGAAUUCAGUUGCUGUUGAGCAUUACAUCACGUGGGAGAAAUUGCAGGGGCGUUUCCGUGGAGUGAAUAUGUUACAAAGGGCUAGCCGCAACCGAACUCAUAACCUUGUCAAUUUUGGUACUGUUUGCUUGGUACGGAGCCUGUAUUCUUUUUCUUCUUCUUUUUUAUGGGAGCGUAUUGGCGAACAUAGUGUAAAAUUUUCGUGUUCUGUAAAAAAAUGUUCUGCGGCAGGCUAAUGCUUCAUGCUUCAAUCUUGCUUUUUUUUUUUUUUUUGCUUAUAUGUAUAAGUGUUGUGGUGGUCGUAGUUUCUGGAAAAUGUCAUACUGUAGUCCAUGGAAGAGCUUUUUUUUAACUGCAACUGUAUCUUUACCUUUUUUUUUCUGUUGCUGUAACAUUUUCGAUGUUUCUCUGAAUGAAAAACAAAACAUUAUCUGCAUUGCACUGAGUCACUGUGAAUCAUCAUGGCCACCAUCAUCAUAAUUUCAUAUUGGAAGUAAGUCAAUAUAUGAAAUAAAUGGAACCCACAUUAGACUUGUUUUGUUCAGCUUGCCAAUGCUGUAAAUGAUUUCUGAUUACACUCAUGAUUAUUAGAGCUUCAGUGAUGCCCCGUUACGCAGCAGAAGUCUACUCAACAUUAGGGUAAUUUUUUUCAUAAAGCCAACAUUGAUGCGUACCAGUGAUUUAUCAUUGUUGUAUGUUUGCGCAUAGUGUGCUGUGGCAAAAGGCUUCUGAAGCGAACUAACGUUCAAAGUUUCGUUGUACCCACCUGUGCACUGCAGAGCUUGCGCACAAGUGUUGUUUUGUGGUGUUGUUUUAAUAUGAACAUUCAUUUCUGUCUCGUUUGUUUGAAUAACUGUUUUCUGCUUUUAAGCACUUUGUUUAUGAAGAUAACAGCAACACUGUACUUAGAUCAUGCUGGGUGUGUGCCGACUGUUCGUCUUCUUUGUGCUAUUUUCUUGACAUGGCAGAUGCGUAACUUUCAUGCUCGUGAGCUUCGGGAUUUCUUAGUGGUCUUCAGCGUGUUUUCUGUCAGGUGAAGGAGCUGGCCAAGUCAAGGCCUCUGUUGAAGCAACGUGAGUGCAGUUGUCACAUUGGCAGCUAAACCUCACCUCGCCACCCCACACUAGACCUCAACUCAUAAUGAGGUUAGAGCGCUAGCCCCCUUGCAUCGCCGGUCAGUGGCACCUUGCCCUUUUUUCUUUUUUUCCGAAAUAUUUCAUUGCCAGGUUGCUCUCGAAGCCUUCUGGAAUGCACUGGUGCAAAGGUGCAUUUUCAGGCGUUUCCUUCUUUCACAAAAGUAGCGGCACUAAUGAAGACUAGUUUGGGCACUCCAAAAAAUAAUGGUGCCACGCUCCAUUUCGAGAGGACGGAAAGCUUCAACUAUGGCCCACUUCGUAAAUGCAAGUGUUAUAUACCCUAAUCAAACAUUUCACCGUGUCUCAGUCCUUUGAGAAAAAGAAAGCUUUGUGCGUUUGUGAUUUUAGGGGCUCGCCACAUUAAGCUCGGAUCAGCACAAUUAUAGCGCCUCACUUUUCCAGCAUGAUGACACGAGACCAGUAAAAACUGUAAUGCCCCUGCAACAGCUCUCUACAGCAACAUUGGUUACAGCAGCCUUUAACACUUUGAGGGUCGCAUAUGAACAUGUACGUCAUCGGCUAUCAGCCAAAGGAUGGUCAAAGUUCUGAGACUGUCAAAGACAUACAUGUAGAUUAUUGCUUGCAUGUCUAGGACGUGCCUUUUUUGGUCAUUCUUUUUUUUUUUUUACUUGGCAUAUGCUGCCACAAUGUGCAAAUACAUGGAAUUGUUUUCUAGCAUCGACACCUUUCUUUUUUAUGCUUUACUAUAGCGGUGCACCGGCUAGUUUUAGUUUUGUCCUUUGGCGGGUUCCCGCGUGCUGCACCCACAAAACCGAUGACUUUCCGAGUUGGAAUCUUUCAAAGAUGACCGAUUUGUUACUCUCGAUAUUGCUUCCCCGAUACGCGAUCACGUCUGUUUCCACGCAGGCACCUGCAUAAGUGAUGCCGCUCUGGUUUUGUUUCCCGUUUUCGAGACUCGCAAAAGCUCUUCCUGUCUCGAUGAAGACAAGACGAAGGAUUAUGAUGGGCUUUGGACUUGUUUUUACUUUUUUGAGACGCUUAAAACUACGCAGUUUUCUUCAGUGCACUCACCGACUCAGUUUUAUUUUGCUGUGGAAGUGUUCCCCUGUUCCUUUUCCGCAACUGUGUCCAGCAGCGAUUCCUCCAAAUGGUCGCUUGACUGCUGAAACAGAGUCUGAUUCGGUAAAUGUCGCCUUUUCAUGUGAGGAGCUACAUCCGAGUUCAAAAUCGGGUAUUAAUGAACGAGUGACAUUUCAAAAGCAUACGCAAUGUGACAAUGCAGACUGCACCAAAAGUGGCUUUUCUCCCUCUGCGCUUCCACUUGACAUCAAUUUCUGCCCUUAUUUUUGUAAGUUUGUGAACUGUACCAAUGUUUAUUUCAAGGCAUACUUUUUCAAUGGUAGUAUAAGGUUUUUAGAAUUUACCUUGCUGUUAUGGGUAAACCAUGUGUAACAAGUGAUUGUUUUUCACUUUAUGGUCACCUAAUAAAUUUUAGCAAAUUUUUUCUUGAA